GACAUUACUUUAUGUUUUGAGUUAACAUUAAUACAGAAUUAUAAAUAUAUUAUAUAAUAAAGACUUAAAUAGACAAUAGUUUUGACAUUAAGUUAAAUACAGUCUAAUUAGUUAAGUAUUGAUACAUUUGGUCUACAUUUGCAACAUUUGAUCCAAAUUUGUUACCAAAUGGUGGUCAGCAGUGCCAUCACUAACGGUGAUCAUCCCGUGGCCGAUGUUGUCUUCCUGGUUGAGGCCACAGCUAAUCUGAGUCCAUAUGUCGAAAGCCUUAAAACCAAUUAUAUAAUACCAACUCUUGAACAUUUCAGUGGUGGCCCUCCCGAUGAACGCGACUAUGGAUUUGAUAAUAAUUAUAACUGCACUCUCUAUGCUUUGGUGGCCUUCAUGACCGUAGACUGUGCUCCCGAACCGGCCUCACAAUGUUUUGCUCCGACCACCAGUUCCUAUAAGCUGUUGCAAUGGUUGGACAAAAUCCAAUUUAUUGGCGGCGCCGGAGAGUCGUGUUCGCACAUCACCGAAGGAUUUAGCACUGCUUUGCAAGUAUUUGAUGACUUCACGACUCUUAGAGAGACAACAGCUUCGAGCAUAAUGUCAAAGACUACCAAACAUUGUGUCUUAAUUUGCAAUUCUCCGCCAUAUUCUGUGCAAACUCUAGAGAGUCAGACAUAUGUUGGUCUUAAGAUUGACCGAUUGGCUGCACUUAUGGCUGAAAAGAAUAUUAAUUUCAGUAUAUUCUCGCCGCGAAAAAUGAGUUUUUUAUAUAAAUUGUUUGAAGAGGCCGGCGGUGACCUGAGUCAGGCUCUCAGUAAAAAUUACGCUAAAGAUAGACGACAUUUGGUUUUAUUGCGUGGCUUUCAACUUCAAGAACGACCACUUAGUCCACAAAUGAAUUCAAAUGUUGAUCAGAAAGUAACACAAAAUUCGCCAAUAAAUCAAAUUAAUGUCACUCAAGGAAUAAAACGGUCACUAUCUCCUGUUCCUGGGGUACAGUCUGCACCUAUUGGCCCAACAAUGACUCCCGUGACUUCAACUUCAAAUAUAAAUCCUCAAAUGCAUGGGUCCGGACAAAUAAUGCCUCGAAUGUCGCACCCGAAUAUGGCAAACACGGAAAUAACAAUGUCUUUUCCACAAAACAAAGUUCCGACACCCGAUACCAUUAUAAAACAGGGUCGCGGGUCUCCCAUUCCCAUUUCGACGUGGGCUCCGCAGCCCAAUGCUCCUACACUUUCAGUUUCAUCGUCACCUUCACCUACACCAGGAGGUCAAGCAUUGAAAAGUCAAUUAAGUAUGAGACCACCCGUUAGAGUUGGUAUUCCACCACAAAUUAUAUCGAGUGGAUUACAAUCAGGUUUUCCAAAUCAAAUUGCGUCUGGCAUUCAACUUCCAAAUGCAGUUCCAAGUACUCAAAUGCAGACACAAUCUAAUGUUCAUCAAAGUAAUAAUUUAAUUCAAACGGCGCCAACUUUAGUCAAUUUAGUGACACAACCGCCUCAACCUAUUAAACAAAACAUGGUUAAUGUGCCACCCAUUAGACCCGGACAACCACCACGUGGUCAGCAACCGGUGACACUACCGUUUUCAGGGCCUCAAACUCCUUCACCAUCACAACAGCAGAACACAUCUUUACCAAACAUGCAACGAGCAGUUUCAUCGCCUUUAAUACAAACCCAAUCAGUACCGUCUCCAAUGCAAUCAACUCAAUCGCCGCAGCCAUUCCCCCAACCCGUCACAACAAUGACCCAAAUGAUGCCAUCACAGUCUCAGUUUGUAAAUACAGCUCCAGGUAUUCAAUCACAACAAAUGCAAAAAGAGCAAAGACGUCGCGUUUGGUCCGGAAUUAUUGAAUAUCAAGAAAAACCAGUACAACCCGGACCUAUAAAUCCGGCAAAUCGUAUCACUUACUCAUUGAACUGUCAAAUAUCAUGUUAUGUUGUGAACGGUGAACCAGAAAUAAAUGCCGACAAAUGGCCCGAAAAGUUGGUUUUGUCUCUCUUACCAAAGCAACUAAUUAUGAGAUUAUUUCCAAUGCUUAAAAAUGGUUCAUAUCAUAUAAAUCUCCAUUUUGCUAAUGAUAAUGACCAGGGAUUGAUGAAAUUAAGCAAAUUUAUGAGCACUAAUUGGGUCGGUUGCAUUCAAUUUACAGCAAUUAAUAUCCGAAUGAUGAUAAUCUUAUAUAUGCCUGAAAAAAGAAUGUAUAUGGGAUUUGUUCCACACGACCAGGAGGAAUUCUUCAAAGCCAUGAGAGAUAUCAUUGAAACACAUAAGAAGGAACAACAGGCAAAACAACAAAAAAUGUUGGUGGGCACCGGUGGCCAACUGCCCAUUCAACAACAGUUAGGAUUAGGUCAACCCCAGGUAAACAUUUCUGGACAAAUUCCCGUUCAGAUAUCAGUUCAGUCAACACAAGCACCGCCGAUAAUGUCUGCGCCCAACAGUAUAUUUCAGUUGCAGCAAAUGUCAGGCGGAACGAUGCAACAGACAAACCACAAUCCAAAUAUCCCAACGAUGCCAAUGAAUACUAUGCCCACUGGAGUUAAUACCGGAGCCAUGAGUGGUGUGGCCACACAAUCAUUGCCUCAGCAGCAAAAUGUUCUUCUCAAUCAAGCACUGGGACCUAUGCCUAACAAUCAAACUCAGAACAACUUUAUGCCAAAUAGUAUUCAACAGUUGGUUCAAACUAGUGGACCACAAAUGCCAAGCGCUGGCCAAACAAUGCCUCAGACCGGACAACCGGCACCAAGUGGGCCGAGUCCUCAACAAAUCGAGAGACAGAAAAACUUAUUGGCUAUUCAACAAUUGGAACAAACUCUAAAAGAAGCUCAAAGAAAGGAACUCGAGUUUCAACAACAACAACAACACGUGGUAUCUGUUGAUCAGCAACAACAACAACAAGUCCAACAACAGGGACAGUUGCAACAGAACCAGAUUAGACAACAAUUGCAGCAACAGUUGCAACAGAAACAACAUCUCAUGCUUCAGCAGCAACAACAACAGCAGCAACAACAACAACAACAUCAACAACAAGCGUCCAAUUUGAAUAACAGUAAUCCACAGCUCAGACAUUUAUUACAGCACCAUCAACAACAAGCACAGCAACAACAACAACAACAACAACAAAUCAGAGCUACAUUGCCAUCACAGCAAAUGCUAGUAAAUCCCCAAAAUAUGGGUUUAGUUCAGCAACAGACCGGACAAGUGCCUCAAUUUCGACUACAGGGACCUACUCUUAACCAAUUAACUCAACAACAACCGCAACUACAACAACAAAACAGAAAUAAUGUUUGGGAUAAUAAUGGUUUACUUGAUUUUUAAAUUAUAUAAUCAAUAAAUUUUAAAAUUAAAGAAUACUU